ACUGCCGGCACCCAGCGAGGCAGGCGGCGAGAGGAGCGCUCCGCUCCCGAGCGCCUUCACAUCCCUCCCCCGGCACUCGAGCGCCCGGAGCGAGAGGAAUGAAUGCUUUGCUGUACCGUGCCCCUCGCUCCAUACCCUAAAACGCAACAACUGAAAACUUGAUUUAAAGCGCUAACAUCAUAGAGAGAUUUCAAAUUAGUGACAGAACAGGAGGUGCCUAUUACUAAACCAUCGGACAAAACAAAUCGGUUCACACACGGGCAGAUUAGGUGCCAGAUUUUCUAACGUAUUUGCAACGGCAGUUCAAAACAGAAAGAUGAGAUCUGAGCUGGUCACUCAGCUCCGACAUCUUGCAAUCGGUCUCUACUUUUUACUUUAACCUCUCCCUUCCCUACCCAUCACAUCAUAAAAAUUAGCAGCGUGGAAUUACCUGUCUGCUUCUCUGAGCCUCCUUCAAGUAAAGAAGGUAAAAGUCACUUCACCUAUUAGCUUGUGUAAGUAAUAAAGAGGUGGUAACUCGGAGCUACUACAUUUUGAAGAUUGUGUCACAUGCUUUAGCAUAAAUAAGGGUGUUAUAGCCCUCGCGAUUACUGGAUCAAUUCAUCUCUGCAACAACUUGUGCCGCUUUCAGUUCUUUGCAGGUAUUUAUUCUGUCCCUGGGCAUAGCUCUGUACAUCCCGACUCGAACAGCAGCAGCCCCUCAGUUUCUGUGGCGUCUCUGCGCAAAAUUGCUAAGGGGAAAGGCGGUUUGUCAGCACCCUGCCCCUCUGCACCAGCCUGUUUUGAACCAGAUCCGAGGGGAUGACUGGGGCUGCAAUUGAGGUGCCAUAUCCCCGCAGCGCGGACAGCAGCCCGAAGACGCAGCGGCUGCCCGGGCGCACACUGUGCGAGCGGCUCCACUCUCCCCUCGCACAACGGGGAGGGAUUUGUUCCAUUUCAGCAAAGUGGUUUUUUUUGUGUGUGUUUUUUUUUUUUUUUUUCAGCCCCACACCUUUUUCUAAUGCACUUGCUAUAGAGGUUGCCCAAAAGCGCGGCCACCCUGCCGGGCAGCUGCGGCGGCUUUUCAAAGCGCUGCCCCGCUCCGGCCCGGGGAGGCGUGUGCGCCCGGCCGGGAGAGGAGCGCCCACCUCGGAGGUUUGCUCUGAGCCCCCCGCGCCCCGGCGGCUCCCUCCUCUGUCCCUCAUCUUGCUCUGCUACGCACCCAGUCCGAGCUCGCCCACCCAGCGAUUAGGAAGGAGACGGGGACCUUCCCCAGGCUGCCCCGGGAUGGGGACAGGAGGGUCCCGCUCCUGCCGCCCGGCAGGGAAGGCUCAGCAGUGGCUGGCCUUGCACACUGCCAACCUCGGCGACUGCCCUCGCCACCGGCACAGCGCCGCUGCCCGCGGGGCCCGGAGCAGGGCAGGGCGCAGGUGUUGCGGGCCGGGGCGACGACAGCGCGGCGAUAGACGGGGCUGGGAGGUGGCUCCCUUGUCCCCAGCAACCCCCGACCGCAGGGGCGUCUCAGGCACGGGGAGAGCGCCCGGCGCAGGGCAAGUGCGCAGGACAGGGCACGGGCAGCAGCCCUUCCCAGCGCCGCCCGGGCCUGGCAGAGGCCUCCGGGCAGUGUUCAGAGCCCGGGGAGGAGGCAGCCUGUGCCACCUCCCUCUUUCUGGCGCUCCGCAGACAAAGACGGCUGAGCUGAAGCACCGCCAGGCCGGCGGCCCAAGCCUACCAAACGCCCGGGGCCCUCCCCUUCUUGCAGCAUGCCCCCAGGGCAGGAUCCCCCCUGGCCGCCAUCCUCGGAGUCCGUCAGUUCUCUGCGGGGAACCCAGACGGUGCAAGCAGCAUAACUAACGCCGUCCUUCGCUCGCACUCAUCCUUCUCACACCCCUCGGCUCCCUCCGGCAGACAGACGGCCCUGCUGUUCUGGGCCCGCCGGCAGCCCGCUCACCCGGAUCUACACCGCCUUCGGCAGCUCCCUAGGCAAGAGCCCAGGGAGGCGGCCGGCCCCUUCUGGUGCGGCCUCGGGUGCCUCGCAGCUUGGAAAAGGAAAGGAGAGGAAGUCUGAGGUUAUAUAAGCAGAUGAAAUACAAUCAGCACAUACAAGUCCGGACCUGUUCCUCCACUGUCCAGAACAAAGCCACUGAAGAGAAUAAGCUUGCACCAGCCCAAAUCCAGCCCUCAGAUACCAAGAAUGACCCAGACUCUGCAGUGGUGUGAAGCAUUAUAUCUAUCCCACACAAUAAGAGCCAGAAUGAUCUGGGAAUUGUUUUGCUGGAUGUGGUUUUAGGCGUAGUAGAGCUGAAGCUACAUAACAAGUAACAGAACUUGUCCUCUGGGAUGUAGUAUUGCCAUCUGACAACUUCCACAUGAGCAGUUACUUACUCCUAUUAAUGUUUAGUAGAGCUCGAGAAUCAGUAGCUCCUGUUUUGAAGAGAUGUUCUAACAGUUAGUGCACAGCCUGGCUACUCAGAGGCUUGGGCUACACACUUGGUUUUGCUCCAGUUCUUUGUUUACAGAGAGAUCUCUUGUGUGGGGUUUUCAGAAACAUUAUUGACACAAAAGCACAAGUCUGAUUAAUCUACCAGACUCAGCCUUUUAAGUCAAAAAAACCAACUAAGAACCUCUUCUUCUCAAGUCACUUCUUAUUUUCCACAUCUGGAAAUGGAAACCAAUCUGACCCACCAGACAAUCUUACAGACAUCUAUAUGGAUAUAUUUGCUGACAAUUGUAAAGGGUUUUUUGUUUGUUUGUUUGUUUCAAAACCACUGGACUUGCCAAAGGCAGCUCUUGAUAUUUCCUCAAGUACGGGGAAGUCAAGUGCCUGCAGAACCAUCACACUGCUGUUCCACACGAAGGCAGGCUCAAGAAAGACAAGGAUCCUGUCCUGCUGCUCCCCAGCUUUUCACCCUCUGCAUGCACUGAGCACCAUUUUGCGCAAGGCAGAAGUGAGACAAGGAGCUGAAUGACUGCCCAAGGCUUCACAGCUGGUGGCAGGUUCCCCAGUCAUUCCUGAUUCCCUGUGCUGUGCAUUCUUCCAGACCAGGCUACUUCCCAAUCUGUGAAAACAUUUCCAAAAUGCAAGGCAGAAUCCAGACUCUCAGAUUUUCAUUUGGUUUUGGAUGAUCGGCAAACUUUCCAUAUUUAGAAUCAUUUUGAACUGUCUGUUGGGACACAAAUAUUUGGAUUACACAUUUUGUCGGAUCUCUUUUAAUAGUAACAUCUAGAAAUUCCCUAGGAAAAAUAGUAUGUGCUUAUUAUCUCUUCUUUUACACAUUUAAAAUAUUUUAAAACUUCAUUUGGCUCAUCACCUGGUCUGAAUCAAUAAUCAAGUCAAUGUGGGAAAGAAGCUUCAGAGUCAGGGCUGAAUUUUACAUAUAUAAAAAUCAAUGACAAAAGUCCCAUUUCUACAGUUGCAUCCGGAGUACGUUUCUGCACUGUUACACAAGUAACUAUGCUAAAAUGUGCUAACCCUUUGCUAUUCAAUUACCAUUCUAAGGACCAAUUUACUGAAGGUUUAUCUACAAUAAAUACAGUCAUAUAUCUUUCCUUUUCUACACUGACAAUUCUUGUUGUAGAGAAUGUUCAAAUGUUGAAUACACCUCCAGAUGAUUCCCUUCUUAUCUAUUCUGUGUUUGAAGAAGCCUGGGAUUUGUGCAGCCUGACAGAAAUUAAAACAAUCUUGUUAAAGUCAACUGAAAUUUGGAAUAACGCAAAAAUAGAAGUUUUUCCCC